AAAAAUCAAGGGUUUGCGACUAUAAAGUGUCCCGAAUUGUCAAACAUGGCAACCGGUGGCAAUCGCCAGUUCAUGAAAUCUGCAUCCACUGACCCAAGACCAAGAAAAGCAUGGCAAAGGUCAACAAGUGCAUCAGAUAAGGAGGAUAAUAUUAGUAUACACAGCAUUCCAAACGAUUUGCGACCCAAUAACUGGGAUUUUUCUGGCUGGAAACCUAACCCUGGUAUAGAUAAUACUAAGCGUCGGAAGAAAGGCAAUCCGGAAAGAGAAAGAGAACAGUCCUUAUCAUUGGAUUCUCCACCCCCAUCUGAACGUCAGCAGCGCACCCCUUCAACCUUUCCUCGCACUCGUAUAACCCCAAGUACACCCACUUCUCAAAGAGUUGCGCUAGAAAAACUUCGCCAGCACAUGACAUUUAGUGAUUUAGAGGAUGGAAGUAAUGAUGGUGAAAGAAAUAAUGAAAGAAAUGUUCCUACACGCCGAGGCAAGUUGGAAAACUUCACUCGUCAAGAUACCUCGAGUACAUCAGAAGGAGCCACAGCAGGAAGAGGAUCAGAGCUGCAAGGAGAACAUGGUCAUAUCGUCAGCCGACUGAUGCAGAUUAGGGAGUACAUAAAACAGGCUAACACAAUGAAGGAAGCUCUGUCUAAGUCAGGUUCUCCUCAAAAUAAAGAAGACUAUGAGAGAGUAUCCAAACUUGUUACAAGUCUUGAGGAACAGGAAAAAGGCUAUGUAGCUUUUAUGGCCCAGUGUUUGUCAGUGAAGGAGGACAGCACAGCCAUUGACUGGAGUAACCAAGGACAGGAAACACCCUUGGUUAUGGAGUCUGCAGACGAGGAAGCUUGUUCUGUGGAUCUGGAAGUUCAGUCUGAGACAUCAGAUGCCACAACGCAAGAUAAUGAGACAAGCCCAUUAGCAUGGCGUCCACGUAUUGAAGAUAAGCUAGGAUUGACUGAUGGAGAUGAGGAAGAGAAUGACAAUGUAGAGCGCACAAUUGGUGAUGGUUCUCCAGGGCCAGACAUGAUGGAUAACACACUGACCACCAAUACAGACAACCAUACUCGGGAUUGGGACUACAUGCACGAGGAUUUUGAACAAGAGGCAAGAAUGGAAGUGGAAGAGUUGAGAAAGAAUGAAGUGAAAUCACUAAGACAACAACAAGAACUUCUAAAGAAGCUGGUUCACCAACAGGAACAAAUGAAGGCUUUGAGAGGAAGACAGACAGAAUUAUUAGCGUUGCAGCAAGAUGCUGAGAGGAAGUUAGCCGAUGCCAAAGCAAGUGAACGUAUGAGAGCUUCAUCAGCACCUGCAACCAACACCAGUCAGAAUCAUAUGUUCAUGUCUGCCAAUCAAAAACCUGUGGGCCAGUCAGUGGACAACAACCCCCAGACAUCCAGGAACACCACAGAUGGUUUGCCUGGGGACCUGCAGGAGAUCCGACAACAUCUCAACUACCUACGCAAUGAACUCAAAGAACAGACACCAGAAACUGCUGAGAGACAAAGUAAUCCUGAGUUGGAGGCAGCUACUAAUGCUGCUGCUUUAGAGGAUAACCGACGCCAGUUACAGGACAAACUAAUGGACCUUCAGUCUAAAAAACAACGCAUGGAUACAUUGUUACAGGAGCUCCAGAAUCUACGGUCACAGCGCUUCGAUGCUGCCUUGAAUAACAUGCCCCAAAUAGAACCAGAGAUACCAGUCGCCCAAACAGCCUCAGCACCCAACACCUCAUUGUUAGAGGAAAGUAAGGCUGCUUUAAAUGAGGCGGGAAACACAGAAACAAAUGCACAGGAGAUCCUAGACAUCCUUGAUGCACAGGAAAAACUAAGAAAACUACAAGAAGUCAAACAGAGAUUGAACCAGCUACGGUCACUGGUACAAUAUUACCAGAGUGAGACAACAGAAGGAGGCAACCAGUCAGAUGAGACCACUGCAGCAGCCUUCAGGGCACAACUUGACAUGAUGGAGGAGAUGCAUAACCUGGGAGGAAUGUCUGGCCUAACUGAAGGUGAGGCAGAGAGUCCACCAUCACAACCUCCUCAAAGGAAACCCUAUAGUAUGGCACCAUCAGCAGGAGUGGUUGCAGCUGCUGCUACUCAGUUGAAGUCAGAUGAAGACAACCGCUCAGAGGAGAGUAGAUCUUCAGAAUCAGAAUCCCAUCUGUCCAGUCUCGGCCCUUGGGGAGAUGAUCCAGAAAUACAGGAAAAAGUCCAGAAGUUAAAAGAAGCCAAAGAAAAGCUACGACAAUUACAGGAUCUAGUGUCUAUAGUUCAGCAGUCACCAGAUGGCGCUAGAGGUCUACCUGACAACUUGGCUGAGCUUGCUGCCAGUCUUGAGAGUGAUGGCCAGCCCCCUGCUGAGUCACACGACCAUCUCCUCUCGGAUGGUGAGGUGCCCAUGUUGCAGACAGAAAGAGAUUCAUUAGAAGAAGCCAAAAAUCAGUUGAGAGAACUGGAGGCGUUGAAGGAUGAGCGAAGAAGACUGCUCACUAUUCAGCAGGAGUUACAGGCGUUGCAGGGACAUUUUGCUGGGAUGCCUGAGAAAGAUGAAGAAAACAAACGAGAAGUGAAAACAGAAAUAAAGGAAAUAUCAGAUCCUGCUGCUGAAGAAGAUGAGGAGGAGGUAGAUGAUGAAGAUAAGGAAAACCAGCGACCAUUGAGACUCAGUGCUCCUGUCGUCAAAUUUUCCUCAAAUGAUGAAGUAUAUGGAAAAAUGAGGAAACAGAGAAUGAUGAGGGAAGAAUUGAGACAGAAAAAGAGAGAACUGGAGGCUAUUAUGAAGAAGGAUAAUGGCAACAAGAAACAUUACUCAAAAAACCAGGACAAUCAAAGUGAUACAGUGUCCUACUCUACAGAUAUGUAUGGUGCCAGUAUGAGUGCAGAUGCUACUAUGGCCACAUGGGGAGGAUCUACUGUAGACAACCUUGAGAGUAUUACUGAGGACAAUGACAGACUGGACAGGGAGGAGGAGGAUGAUGAUGCUUACCCCAGUGAUGGAAUCAUCCAAGUGGAAGAAGAAGAAGAGGAGAAUGAUUCAGAUAACAAUACAUACACUAUAGAGGAAGAUGUUAGACAGAGGCGAGAGGCACGCACACAGAGACAUGUGACUACAGGGCCUUCAAGGGCACAGAAACGCCGCACAUUUCCAAGAGCUCGAAAAGAUCAGAAAGAUGGAGCGCGACCAAAACAAGGAAGCUGGUCAAAGAAGACAAAGCAAGGAAGAGUCAAACAGGAAAAUUUCCGUUCCCCUCAGGAGUUAAUGCAAGAUGAUUCACCAGAUGGUAGUAAACUGAUGGACUCCUCAGCCAGUCAGUAUGAAGCCCUACAGUUACAACUACAGAGAACAGCCUCCAUGUGUCAGACACUGAUGGGUGCAGACCAAAGUCAGGCUCUCCCUGGUAUGGGGCUGCUGCAGACCAGUGCCAUGCCUUCUCCAGGCUUUGGAUACCGGGGAAAUGCAAUGCCUGACAUGUUCCAGCAGCAAAUGCAACAACAGCAGAUGAUGAUGAACAUGAGUCAGUGUCUGCAACAGAUAGCCAUGCAGCAGAUGGAGAUCCAGAACCUUCAGCGUCACAUACAGGGCUUCACACCAGAUGAAAUUCGUCUGCGCUCUCUCACUUCACUCUCAGCUGCUGUAGAUAGUCGAGGCCUGUCGCCUAACAUUGGGGCACUGCCUCGACCAGACAGCUUCAGUCAACCACCAUCAAGCUUCCUCCAGCGGCAAAGCAUGGAUAAUCUUCUCUCGGGACAGGCUAUUGGUGAGGAUAAUGUGUUUGAAUCAGAGAGGCGUUUAGGGGAUGGGCUGACACAAGGACAGGACGCGAGGAGUCGGUCUUUAGGAAGAUCUGCCAGUACACAGAGUACUGGAAGUAAGCAGAGAGCACACACAGAGCGACUCUUAUCUCGUAGGAAUGAAUCUCUACAACCGAGGAUUGAGGAGUCCAUACCAUCACUUCCUGUCUCUCAAGCUAGGAAGAAGAAAAAAACAAGCAGUCACCAAAGACAGUGGUCACAAGCUUCUAGUAGUAAGGAUGGAGGAGCUGCUCAGUCUGACUUCACUGCUAACACUUCAGAUAUCCUCAACUCUUUAACCCAGCGUGUGAGGUCAACAGGUCUGAGAACAGGUCAGAUGGGGGAGAGACCCGGACUCAGUGCUGGGAUUAGUGGGGCAGGAUUUGGAGAGGAAGGCAGUGUUGCUAGUACCCUUUCCAAUAGACCACAACGAGAGUCACUUACUGUCCGUAAGAAAGAGUCCAGGGACGUGGAUGAUUCCGGAGACCUGACUUUGUUUGAAGCACUGAGAGAGUCUAUUUAUGCAGAGGUAGCCACUUUGAUUUCACAGAAUGAGAACAGGCCACACUUCCUCAUUGAACUUUUCCGAGAACUUCAGAAGCUCACAUCAGAUUAUCUUCGGCAGCGUGUUUUGUACUCCAUCAAACACCUUGUAUCCAUGUUCCUGACAGAACAGGGUGCCGGACCUUUGACAACAGGCAAUGAUGAGCCACUGCCUGCUUGGAUGAACACUGCUGCUGGUGGUACAGCCUCAGAACUUACUCCUAGCGAGAGCAAUCUGACCACAGAUGAUGAGGAAAUAACAAUGAAGUUACGAGACUUAACAAUUGAUAAGAGGCGUGCUCUGGCUAGAGGCGAGUCUUUACAGAAUGACCAGUUUGACUAUGUCGAAGCCGCUGAUUAUGAUAGUAGUCUGUCUACUCCUUCUACGAGUUACUGGGACAACCCUUUCUCACAGGACCUCGGGGACACCGUUAUCCAUCUCGACAAGGCACUCAAGAAAAUGAGAGAAAAUGAAUCCAAACUGGCAGCUGCAGAAAAAGCUAAACUUGAAAGUAAAAAACAGAAACCAACUCUAGCUAGACCCCCUCAUCCUGUGUCAGAACCAACCAGUAGUUCUGCUGUUGACCAGGGCAGUGAAAGUUCCGUCUCCUCCACUUCUUACUCAAGAAUUGAUACACAGGAACUAAACAAACAAAUAAAGAUGAUAAUGAAGGAGGUGAUUCCAGUGAUCAAGGAACAUAUAGACCAUGUGUGUUCCUAUGAACUGUUGGCUUACAUUAAACGCCUUGUGCUCAGUCUCACCCGACAGUAUGACAGCAGUCAGUAUGCCACUUUCUUCCAUGCCCAACUGAGCUCUGCACUGCAUGACACACUCAGUAAAUUUGAAGGAAGAAAAUUAAGAAUGUGUGGAGAAGAUCUGUUGGUGGAUAUGUCCGAGGUCCUGUUCAAUGAGCUUGCCUUUUUCCGCCUGAUGCAAGGUUUGGGUGAGAAACCUGGGGCAGUGAAUCAACAAGUCCAAUCUUCAGGCACACAGACAAAGGAGGAAGCAGAGAUUUCUUUGGAUGAAGAGGACACACAGACCCAGGAGUCUGACACCACUGAAAGUACUGUGACUGAGGACGAAGAUAGCGAGCAAGACCGCUCACUUCGACUUAAUGCUGCUGAAGAGGAAGAGCUUGGCAAGCUGAGGGACGAUGAGUUUGCCAGUGAAAUACAGAUUCAGGAUGCUGACGAUAAAGAUGAUGAAAUUGAAUCCCCUUACAAGGCUGUCCAGAUAGAGCUGGCUGUUAGUGAAACCAAGCCCUUCACACGAAUUGGAAGUGAUGAGGAUGAUGAAGACGCAGACGAGUCGCAGAGCGCUGAUGAUCCCUCGGAGACAGCUGUAUCACGUGAUGCUAUGAUGGAAAAGUCGCACUCCUUGGAGGAUGGUGACGAUCUUGAAAUGCCAGAAGAGGAAACACCGGUCAGUGAUAUUAAUGAAGGAGAUGCUGAUCAGGGAGCUAACACUGUGGGGGACACUGCUGGGGACAGAGACAGCGAGGAGGGGAUCAGGAUGAAUGGAGAGGUUUUAGAAAAUGGAGAACUUAUUGUGGAUGACCUCCCAGAUGCCUUGAACUUAGCACCAAUGGUUGAUGUACAAAACAAGAUGACAGAGGAACAGAAAAAUAACUCUAGUGUCGAGGCCGUCCUCUCCACCAUCGAAGUCCAGGAGGAGUUGGCUGGAGAUGGUCAAUCUCUCAAGGAACCAGGUACACCUACCUACCCACCGGUCAGUCGUCAGGUGUAGCUGAUGGGUGGUCAAAAUUGUAUUUAUUUUUUAGUAAACUUUAAAAUAGACUUGUGAUAUUUUAGAAGCUGCUUCAUUGUACUGAUUCAUGUAUAGGUUGAAAUAUCCUUGCUUUCUGUCCCCACCUUAAAUCAGUGAUUUUGAAUGAAAUCGCUCAAUAUAAAUUUAGAUAUGUGUAACAGACUUGAAUAAAAUUUUAAAUGUAGAACUGUCUACCUGUACUUUACAAUACUGAUUUUGUAUUAAGGACUGAAGUGGACCUCUAUCACAUAUAUAUGGACAAGUUUUUCAUUCUUUCAUUUCAGAUGCAUGACUCAACCAUUUCAGAUAUGUAGACUUUAUUGUAACAGCUUGUGUCUCAUUAAAUAGGCUGUCAGUUCUCUAAAUGUGAUAAUGACUCCAUACCAAGUGGACACGUUGGUAGUAUGGAGUCCCAGAAUCUAAUGUGCCAUCAAAUGGAAAAUCCAAGGUGUAGGACUCUCUUGGUCGGCUGUGAAAUUGAGUAUCCUGAAUGGACUCAGUGAUGCUUAUUUAAUUCACAUUAGUUUCAUGUUCAAAAUCGAUUGGUCUGGUGACUCGCUUAUUCCAAUGUUAUGAGUGUGAAAUAUUAUUGAUGUUGAUAUUUGUAGAUACUGUACUUGUUGUGAUUGACAAUAUCUAUUGACUAUGCUCUGUAAUCAUCCUUUUUAAGUGAUUUCUGUGAAACGUGUCUCUCUACUGUUGUGUUCCAGUUUCUUUUUGAAUGCAAAUAUGUUCAAUGAUAACUAUUUGAAAAAAAGGAUGAGUACAAACAAAUUGAAAUGUACAUCCUCAAAUUUCUUUAUGUGUGCUUUAGCUUAGAUCCUAUAGGAACCUCAUGUACACAGUACUUAUUGUGUAUAUCUUACUAACCAAAACAUAUACUAUGAAUGUAAAUGUUGUGAUUUUUGUGGGGAUUUAAUUUUCGUUAUUUUCAAAGAUUGAAUAAAAUCAUAAAAAAUUGUUUCCAUGAAAAUAAAAUUAAUAGAAGAGACCAUAGGCCAUUUCAUGACUUUCGCUAAAAAUAUGUCCAAUUCGUGUCAAGAUUUUGGUAAAUCUGCAAAAAUUUUAACCCUGGCAAAAAUGACAACCUUAUAGCAUAGAUAUUAGGCUGUGAAUCCUGGACCUUGAAAAACUUAAAUCACUUUUCCAUUGUUGAUAUAGUGCUACAAAGUGGUAGUCAUUGCAGAUCUGUAUCCUUGCGGAAGCAUUUUAUAUUUUUCUGUGUGUAAAAAUAUAUAAAAGUCUAUGCAAACAUUUAGUUAUUUUUGUCUGAUAUAUAAGAGCCACACAUUCAAUUGUAUGUAAAUGCAAGAAAUAUGAUCAAAUUUUACCAUAAUGGCAAGUUUUUAUGAUGUUGAUGUGAUAUUAUGACAGAAAUUUAUGUUUUUGACAGAUUUUGAUGUCAUGUUCUACAAUAAGGAAUGUAAGUGACCUGUGAUAGUAAAAUCCAGAUUUGUAGUCUACAGUUAUUAACUGAUACAAAUUGUCAAGCUUCACAUGAGUGGCAAGAUAGCUCUUCGUGAGAAGGUGUAGGAUCUAUAUUAUGAGGAGUUGAUGGUUAAUUAAUGAUGUAAUUUACAAUGAUAUAACUGAUACUGGCCUUAUUUAUGGAUCAAGGGACCCCAGUAUACACAAGUGAAGGCUGAAAGGUAGACAUUCCACCUAUGUACAUACAAAAAUACUAUGUUAUCACUGUUAUUGCAGUUUGUCAUGUCUUUGUGUCUUCAAGUGCUUCUUUAUUGCGUCCGUCCAGACAGCCAAAUUCUGUCAGGUGAUUGUCCUCACACCUGAAUGUGUUUUUCAAACAUUGAUAAAAUGAAAGCAUGAUUAGAAUGUGAAAUGAUAUAGUUUUCAUUGCCUGAGAAUGAAAAUCCAAAAAUGUUGAAUCUUUUUUAGAUAUCAAAACUGUUUAGGGAAAAUUUGUUCUAUUAGAUUUCCAUACUGGUAAGGGAAAAAGAGGUUGAAAAUAUACUAGACUAGCUUGUAGGUGUUGCCUUGUUUCACUUACAGGUCAAAAUAUUUCUGUGAUCGUUUUGUCUCAAAUCGUUGCAUCUAUCCACAGUAUUGCAAUGUUAGGUUACAAACAAAACAAAGUGUACUGUUCCAUAGUUUGUAGUGAUUUUCUUGAAUAGUUAUUUUCGCUGAUAUUUGUGAAAUCUAGUGAUAAGCUGUGCUGUUUAUAACACAGAAUGUGUACACCUGUACAGAGGAUGUUGUGCUGUUUAUAGCACAGGUGUACACCUGUACCGCUGUGCUGUUUAUAGCACAGAAGUUGUACACCUGUACAGAGGAUGUUGUGCUGUUUAUAACACAGGUGUACACCUGUAAAGCUGUGCUGCUUAUAGCACAGAGGAUGUUGUGCUGUUUAUAGCACAGAAGAUGUACACCUGUACAAAGGAUGUUGUGCUGUUUAUAACACAGAAGGUGUACACCUGUACAGAGGAUGUUGUGCUGUUUAUAGCACAGAAGAUGUACACCAGUACAAAGGAUGUUGUGCUGUUUAUAACACAGAAGGUGUACACCUGUACAGAGGAUGUUGUGCUGUUUAUAGCACAGAAGGUGUACACCUGUACUGCUGUGCUGUUUCUAGCACAGAAGUUGUACACCUGUACAGAGGAUUUUGUGCUGUUUAUAACACAGAAGGUGUACACCUGUACAGAGGAUAUUGUGUUGUUUAUAACACAGGUGUACACCUGUACAGCUGUGCUGCUUAUAGUACAGAAGAUGUAUACCUGUACAGAGGAUGUUGUGCUGUUUAUAGCACAGAAGAUGUACACCUGUACAAAGGAUGUUGUGCUGUUUAUAGCACAGAAGGUGUGCACCUGUACAGAGGAUGUUGUGCUGCUUAUAGCACAGAAGGUGUGCACCUGUACAGAGGAUGUUGUGCUGCUUAUAGCACAGAAGGUGUGCACCUGUACUGCUGUGCUGUUUCUAGCACAGAAGUUGUACACCUGUACAGAGGAUUUUGUGCUGUUUAUAACACAGAAGGUGUGCACCUGUACAGAGGAUGUUGUGCUGCUUAUAGCACAGAAGGUGUGCACCUGUACACUUAUGCUGACUGCUUAUCAUAAACACAUGGUUGUGAUGUUUUAAACUCGCAGAGGUUAUUUCUCUUAUGACAAUUACAUCUUGUAUGAAACUAUUAUACCUGCAAUAUAUCAAGACAUUCUUUUUUCCUUCAAAUCAUUUUUGUCAGUUCUCAUUUCACUGAUUGGGUUGCUUUUGUGUCAAAUUUGUUAAAAGUUCACAGGUAAUAAGAUACAUCACAGGGUUAUUAUUUUCAUCAAUAUCAAAAGGAUUUCAUUAAAUAAAGAAUUAUAGAGGUGUGUUUGAGUUGUCAGUAUUGUCCAAGACUGGUUGCCUUGCAACUAGUAUGCAUAAAACAGCAUUUAUCUAUAGGGAAUAAUUUAUAUACAUAGAAACCUAUCUUAUCCAACAUCCUUAGGGACAAAGAAUACUGGUUAGAUUACCUUCUAAAAGAUAUGUGAUUUAAGCACUCUUAUUAAACAGGAUACAAGAGUACUGUUAUAAAUACAUUGUAUACCAAGCUGUGUUUAUGUUCCAGUAUAACAGAAAAUGUAGCCAAUGAUUGCGUUUUAUUUAACUAUAGUUGAUAUGUUACAUAUUUGUUAAGUGCUGUUUGCAAGUCACAAGUUUUGCUAUACCUGAUCAAUUGUACAACAAUAAACUCUGUGUUACAGAUA